UUCUGAUGACGUAUCAUGACAUAUGAUAAGUUGACACUUGCAGGGCAAGGGGCGAGGGGAGAAUGAAUUCAUUUUAAAUAGACCGCCCUUGCCCGGAAAGUCGUCACUCGUUCGUUCCACAGUUGUGUUUUCAGUCAUCAUGGAACCACCGGUAGCUGUUGUGUGCUUUAUAUGCGCUACAGUCAAUUAUGAUUGCAUUUAAUAUCUUGGCUAGAAGACAACGCCUCCGCAGACAUCGAAUACUAGCAGUCAGAUAUCAGACGACGCUCCACUGGACAGCCAAGCAGGGCCGCGUGGAGGCAGUGGACAUGGUUCGCGCUGGCAUGAACGUCAACAUCAGAUUGGGGGGCUACACGGCGUUUCACCUGGCCUCUAUACACGGACACCACUACAUCAUCCAUCUCCUGAUCAACACCUACAAUGCCAGAACUAACAUCAGGGACUACCAUGGGAAGCAUGCAGUCCACUACUGGAGUGGCAGCGCUGAUGCGUUCAACAAACCAAGCUCCCAGUCAUGUGGGAAGUGGUCGUCCAAACGACUACACCAACCUGCCCUCUCUGCUCCUCUCUCGAUCUCGGAGCCAGGGGAACCUUAACAACCUGGAGUUUGGGACUGCGCCUCAGACCCACCGGACCCUUCGCUCCCACUCCCGCUCCCCAUCCAACAUAGUCUUCCACAGCUACCCAUCCCCACAGCUCUAUAGAGAUAAUUUCUGAUCAAAGGUCCAUAACAGAUGAUGACUUUUAGGCUGCAUCCAAAAUGGCACCCUAUUCCCUUUAUAGUGCACUACUUUUGACCAAGGCCCAUAGGGCCCAUAUGUAGAGAAUAGGGUGCCAUUUGGGACAAAGCCUUAUUUUUCUAUUAAGACCAUGGUGAUAAAAUAAUUAACUUUCAAUCAAUCAAAUCCAGUUGUGCCUCUCUGAAGUGUCCAAUCGUAUUAUGAAGUGUCUCCAUAUUAUGAUUGGACACUUCAGAGAGGCACAACUGGAUUUGAUUGAUUGAAAGUUAAAGAAAGUUGUCUGGCACAGAAGUCUCUCUCCUCAAUAAAGUUAUGACACAUAUGG